CUGCAACCGUUAUACAGCAAGUGAGUAUGCAAACAUAGCGGGUUGUACAUCAUUGUGUGAACUGGUUACCUGCAGCCGUUAUACAGCAAAUCAACAACAAUGGUCACCGGGCUGAGAUCUCUGAAUCUAAUCACAGCUGUCUGGGUUAGCUUUGUCAUCACAUCAUCACUGUCAUUAACUGACAGUUUUCAAGCACCCUAUUUCCACUUGAACACAGUUUCGAUCAGCUCGCGUCAUUCUUGUUCUAUGACCCGUGAUACCCUGCUCAACGGAACAUCAGUUGACUGCCAGAAUCGGCAGCUGACCGACAUCCCCAAAGCCCUGCCAGCAGACACUGUUGUACUGCAGCUCCAGCACAACCACCUGCUCCAUCUGAGGAACUACUCCUUUACUCACCUCCCAGAACUUGUGCAGCUUUACCUCUCCUUCUGUAAUCUGUCCAGUCUAGAACCAAGAGCAUUUCAAGGAUUGGGCCAUCUGCAGACAUUGAGACUGGACCAUAACAAUCUUCUCCUGGACAACGAGACCUAUACCUCUGACAUCUUUCUGCCACUGAUACGCUUACGGAUUUUAGAUCUGAGUGUGAAUGAUCCAAGGAGGACGGGGAAUAUACCAGAUGAGAUUUUUGCUCACCUACAGUCUUUGAAAAAACUCACAAUUGAUACAUUCCAGGACGAAUCUUUUGGGACCGGAUUUUUACAAUUGAAAAAGCUUACAGUUUUGUCUCUGAACAGUGGGUUUGCCACAGAACAGCCUUACUGUGCUAUUGCACGAUUGCAUAACAACACUUUUUCGGUUUUUGAAAAUACAAAGCUGUCACAUCUUUACCUGCGACAAUGUAACUUGUAUCAAAUUGAGGUCGGAACAUUCUUGCCCUUGUCACAUAUUACCACUGUAUCCAUGGACACAGUUAAAUAUCUGGGCAUUGAUCCCGUGAUUCGAGCCAUGUUUGGAUUUAGUGGUAGGAACAUUUCACAAAUAAUAUGUCCACAUUGCUACUAUCCGCAUCGCACAAGUUUAGAACAACUCAAGAACCAAAUGAUUAGUAAAGAAACGACUUCUCUUCUUAAGAACAUAUGCAUAGAAUAUUUGGAUUUGUCCCACAACAGAAUACUUUACGUGGAUGACGCGUUUGCGUUUGCAUUCGCUAAAUGUUUACGGCAUCUAGAUCUUUCUCAUAACUAUAUUCUGGGACAGGUAUCAACGAUUUUAGAAUUGUCCCUUUUCAAGAAACUAGAAUAUGCAGAUAUCUCCUUCCAAAUAAGUUCAAAACGAAAUGAAAUAGACAAUGUUUUGAGAACUGGUGCAGAGGAACUAGAUACUGAUACAAAUAUUUCAAACAGUGUAAUUUUGACCAAAAGCAACCUUUCCCCUAACGUUGUGUUCUAUUUACCACCUAGACUUCGGAUCUUAAAAUUACGAUCCAUCGUUGCUAACAUAGGGAAAAUAUCUCUGUCAGAAAUUAGAGGUGGGCAACAUUUGACAGAACUUGAUUUGGCAUAUAACGGACUUAAGGCAUUUCGGCAGCAUGUGAGAGGCCUCGAGCAUGUUCAGAGUGUUGACUUGUCAGGGAACACAGAUGCUGAAUUGACAGAACACUUUCUUACGUCAUUCUACUGUGCUGCACAAUUGUUCCUGAAUAACAUGGGUUUAUCUCAAGGGACACUGUUACCUGGUGGCCCACUGUACAACGGCAUUCGUAGUUUGGUUCAUCUCACAAGGUUAGAGUUGUCAGGAAAUAAGAUUCAGUUCUUGCCAAGUGACCUUUUAAACCCACUUACAAAUAUAUCAUAUGUUAACCUUGCCGACAACAGUUUUGUGAAGAUUCCUUUUGACCUCUCUUUCAUACCAAAAGAUCUGACCUUCCUUGACAUGUCCUCCAACUCUCUAACUUACAUGAGUAACGGAGAAAUGAACACUCUUGACACGCUUUCCUACAGACAUUCGCUUACACUGAAGCUUGAAGGUAACCCCAUAUCAUGUUCAUGCCAGGCUCUCCCAUUCAUUAGAUGGCUUUCUUCAACCGUUGUUGCUCUUGAUCAGAGGAAUAGCUACACAUGUGUGGACGAAGAGGGUGUCAUCACCUCCACAACCGAGGUCAAUGUAAACCUCCACUGGAGAAGAUGUAGAGGACUUUUCUGGUUUCUGGUUGCAGUCACGCUCAUGUGCUUCCUGACAGUGGUCGCUGUGUCGACACUGCUGAUUUUGAGGAAUCUGACUUAUUUCCAGCAUCGCCUUCUGAUUCUACUUGGGAGAGGUGCCCAAGAGGGGCGAGUAACCAGACACGACUUUCAGAAAGAUGCCUACAUUGCUCAUUGUGAACUCGACAGUCAGCUGGCAUGUCAUGAUAUCGGAAUGGUCCUCAAGCAGAGAUAUUUGCUGAGAUUAAUCCUCAGUCACGACUGUCUUCCAGGGCAUCUGUUCAUAAAGCAUGUGGUGGACAGUGUCAAUGCGAGCUGGAAAACCGUUCUUGUUGUCACAGAAAACUUCCUUGAAGAUGACUGGUCCUAUUUCACAAUGCAGAUAGCAGCAAAUGCUGUCACUAACACUAAUCCAAACAGAGUAAUUCUCUUGUUGAUCGGCAGAAUCAAUGAGGCUCUCCUCCCCGAGUUUCUGCUAAGCUUAGUGAGUGAAAAUAACAUCUUCCAUCUUUCCAACAUUCCAGAUGAAGAAUGUGAAGAAUGGACACACAUAAAGAACAGGAUAUUGAAUGGAGAUGAAUACUACUUCACUUAACUUUCCAAAUGAAAAAAAAUCGCGUUUCAGUUAUAAAGGGGUAAAUUUUCUCACUUCAAUUAACCCGUGGUCGGUUUAUUUUCAUGCAAUAAGAAACGUGUAGGACAGACAUCAGAAUCAGAAUCUGUUAUCAAUAACAAAAUCAAGUGUCUGUAAAAAGGCAAAAUGAGAAAAAUAUCAAUAGAUCACUGUAAAACAGUAGAUCACGUCAACUCCAAAGUUUUUUUCAAACUUCUGCAAUCCUUCAUAUCUGUCAACAGGCCGUGCCAGUGUUGUACAUCAUGUAACAUGCUCCAUUGUACCUGUUGACAUUCAGCAAGGGGCAGUGGUGUGUUAUAUAUUUAGACAGUUCUGGAAUGUACUGCAACCCUAAGGCCUAUCCAGUUACCGGUCAUAUUUUGUAACCUUGACCAUUGAGGUGAAUAUUACCAUCAUAGUCUUCUUUGCUAUAAUCACUGAUUUCGUACUAUACUGUCUUUGAAUUUGUUCUGCCACUGUAAUGCCUUUGUAGUGAUUUGUACUCAUUUGUUAAUUUUAUAACAGAAUAGUUAUUUACAUGCCACUGAUGUGCACCUAACUACUGUAUUAGUUUCCACUUGGAAAUCAACACUUACUUCUUUGAGUGGCAUUUAGAAGUUGGUGUGAUGAAUGAGGAGAGUUCUAGGUACUAACAAUGUUAUCAAGCAAGUGAUGUACAAUUCUGAAGGCAAGGUUAAAUAUACAUAGUAAAGUUUGAACAGUAAGUAAUUGAUGUUUCUAUGUAUAUAUAACCUUGCCUUCAGUAUUGUUUAUCACUUGCUUGAUAACAUUGUUAGUAGCUACACCGAAACGUUGCCCAUAAAUUAUAUUAAAGAAGUUUUAUAUCCAUAAAACUCUCCUUGUUAAUCAAAACAAAACCAUAGAUUGGCUUUCUGCAAAUAGCUUCUGCCUGGUUGUACUUAACUGUUUUAAACUGGCAGAUCAGCAGUACUGUGUUCCAUGGUAGUCGUGGAAUGCAUAAUGCCUUAUAAAUAUUUAUAUAUUAUUAUAUUUCUUAAUUCAUAUGUGGAUCUUAAACAUUACACAAAUGCAAUUUCAGAAUAAAAAUUUGCCUAAGUAAA